AUGGCAAGCCCAGAAACAACUAAACCGUUAAAACUUGGCGGUGAAGGGUUGAGUGGACAGGAUGCGCCACCGAGUCUACUGCAAAAACCCAAACCCGGUUCAGAGGAAACACAUACUGCAAAACCGAACAAUGAGCUGGAAGGAGGGGCUCGAACUGACCCUCUGGAUAUUCCGUAUACAAUAUACACUCACUGGGAGAAGGUGGGUAUCGUCUUACUCGUUUCAUUCUUGGCCAUGAUCUCUCCUCUGUCCAGUACAGUCUUCCUCCCUGCCAUUACUUCCAUUGCCCGAGACUUGAACGUCUCUAUCUCCCUUUUGAACUUAACCAUAACAGCAUAUCUGAUCUUCCAAGGACUUGCACCAUCAGUUAUCGGAAACCUCUCAGAUUCAUACGGACGGAGACCAGCAUACAUGAUUUGCUGCAUCAUUUACCUUGGUGCCAACAUCGGUCUAGCAUUGCAGGAUAGCUACGCUGCCUUGCUUGUUCUGCGUUGCUUACAGAGCUGCGGGAGCAGUGCUACUAUUGCCCUUGCAAGUGGGACGGCUUCAGAUAUAAUCGUCCGAGCCGAACGUGGAAAAUAUUUAGGCUAUUCUGCCAUGGGAGUAACACUUGGUCCUGCUCUUGGCCCUGUUAUAGGUGGCCUACUCGAUGAGUAUCUCGGUUGGAGAUCCAUCUUCUGGUUUCUGACGAUUCUCUCUGGUGUGCUAUUUCUCAUCAUAUUUGUCUUUCUCCCAGAGACUUGCCGAAGUGUCGUCGGUAACGGGAGCAUCACCCCACCAUGGUGGAACAUGUCACUCGUCGGAUAUCUAAGGCAGCGUAACACUGGAUACACCGACGCGAUUGCCGAAAAGCCUCACCAAAAACGACCAAACCCGAUUGCAUCCCUCAAAAUCGUCUGUAACAAGGAAACCGGCAUCAUCCUUCUCUUUAGUUCUCUCAUGUAUGGCGGAUACUAUGUAGUCCUGGCUACACUCUCCACCCAACUAGCUUCCCGUUACCACUACUCAUCUGUUGUAGUGGGAUUGUGCUUUCUUCCUAUAGGGAUUGGAAGCAUGUGUUACCGGUACACGGGCGGCUUCCUGAUGGACUGGAACUUCCGUCGAUAUGCCAAGAGAGAGGGCAUAGAGCUUGUCAAGAACCGCCAACAAGACCUCAGGGUGCUACCUAUCGAAAGGAUGAGGAUAGAAAUAUCUUUACCAUUGGUAUACAUGGCGUGCGCUAUGAUUGUUGUUUAUGGAUGGAUCAUGGACCAGAAUCUGGGACUUGCUGGUAUCGAGGUCUCCUUAUUCUUUUUUGCUCUAUUCUUUUCUGGGGCGCUCAACAAUCUGAACACACUCAUUGUGGAUUUGAAUACUGGUUCUGCAGCCACGGCUGUGGCGGCGAAUAAUCUCGGCAGAUGCUUGGUUGGAGCAGGUGCGGCGGCUAUUGCAAAUCCCAUGAUCGAUGGUCUAGGCCUCGGGUGGACUUCAGUCCUUAUCUCCGGUCUGUGGCUCAUCAUAAGUGUUCUUCUUUGGGUAGUUAUGUCAAAAGGUCGAAAAUGGAGGAUAGAAAAGCAAAAGGGCUAA